AGCUGGGCUAGUUUUGAGCCAUCAAAAACGACUGUAAAGAGGGUACUUUUGCAAGAAAGCGAAAAGACAAGUCUGAAUAAAUUAUCCUUCAUGGAUAGGCAACAUCUUGGCCCCUCCGUGCUGGAUAGUAGCUCGGCGGUCAGUCACCCAACAAACCUGACAUCUCCUUCAACUUUCAUGUACCCAUCUGGAAACAAAGGUACUCAGUAUGUGUUUCCAAAACAGGCCUUCGAUAGUGGAACAGCUCCAUCGAAAUUGCUUAAUAACUCUUUGAGGCCUCCCAUGUUGCAAAGUGAUAAUGCUUUGUUGCCAUCAAUUUCAGCAUCCCAAGCACGGCCCAUGACAGGGCAAAACCUUGCAAAGGAAUCUAGCAAUAUCACUGCACAUAAAUCAACUGGUAGGGUUUCUUCUGUUGGGAAUUCUGAUUCUAGGUUGAUUAAUGAGAACCAUUCCAUUCAGCAAUCUGAAACUAGCCUACUUAAAAAAUCUUCAGUCUCAAUGGAAUUAGCUGCAGAGACACCUGCGUUGACGAAGAAACCAAGUGAAAUCCUUAGUUACAAUAUGAAGGGGACUGUGGAUACAAGUUCAAUGACUGAAACUUUGAAUCAUGUACCGACAAGUACAAAAGGAUUUGACACUUCAUUUUCUCUUCUAAACACUGCAGAUGUUCCCUCCCAUCCUGGCAAAGUUGUGCAGUUCAACGCUGCAGCCAGCAAAACCCAGCCUAGUGAAAAAACACCACUUUCUCAAGCAUUCUCAACAUCUCUUUCAGUUUCUUCAAUGUCACUUUCAUUUUCAUCUCCAGUGAUGACCCCAUCGGCAAGCAUUGCACCCGCUGCAUCUAGUUCAUCUUCGACAACGUCCUUGUCAAAUGCAACACCAAUUGGCAAGCCUUUUGUUAGUUCUAAAGAUAAUAUUGAUGCUAAUCAAAAAGUGUCUUUAACAUCCCAGUCAUCGGUUUCUUCAGUUUUUCCUUCUGGUUCCUUAUCUUUUCAGGCUUCCAAAUCAUUGUCCCCCUUGCACACUGCAGCUCCAGUUUCUGAGUCUUAUAAAAUGGAGCUUCGAUCUGGUACUGGAAAAAUCUCACCUCCUGUAAAUCCAACACAUUCACCUUCAGUCUCAGAGUCCCUUAAAACAGAGGUUCAGCUACCUACUAGUGACACAUCACUUUCUAUUAUCCCAGCUCCACCACCUCCAACUUCAGAAUCUCCUAAACCAGGGCUUCAAUCUCCUGCAGAAAAAACUUCACCUUCAGCAAAUCAAACUUCUCCUUUGACUUUGGAGUCUCUUAAAACACAGCUACAACCUUCCAAAGACAAACUUAGCUCAAGAACAGAAGUGGAUACUGGUAAAGCAGCUCCACUGGCACAACCUGAACCUCCUGCAUUUAGUUUGAAGCUUGACCCUCCAGUGUCAUCUGCUCGCACAACUGAAAUGGUAACUCAGUUGGAAUCAGGAAGUCAAUCCAGUUUGAACAUGGCAGGUGCUGCAUACAGUAUACCACAGAAUGUUCAGCCUAAACAGCCAUCUGAUGUGCAGAAUCUUUUUGGGGCAGCACUGGCUUCUGAUAGUGCCACAAGUGGAAAGAAUGCAAAUUUGGAAAUUACAGUUACUGAAGAGGAUGAAAUGGAAGAGGAGGCUCCAGAGACUAGCUGCAUAAAUGAAAUUAGUUUGGGGGGCAUUGGAGGUUUAGGUCUAGGCUCAAACCCUAGCUCGACUGCUGCCAGAACAAAUCCAUUUGGUGUUUCAUUUGGUAGUAAUAUAGGAACAACUGGAGCGAGCUCUUCUUUCACUAUGACCGUACCUAGUGGAGAACUUUUUCGGCCUGCAUCAUUCAACUUUUCUAACUUCUCUCCGCAGCCGUCUCAACCAUCUCCACCAGCAAAUCUUGGUGCAUUCUCAGGUGGUUUUGGUGCUACAGCAACUUCUCAAGCUCCUGCACCACGUGGGUUUGGCCAGCCUUCACAGAUUGGAGCAGGACAAGCAGCACUUGGUUCAGUCCUUGGUUCUUUUGGGCAGUCAAGACAAAUUGGCUCUGGUUUUCCUGGUGGAUUUGCUAGUACUAGCUCAAUGGGUGGCCUUUCAAGUGCUGCUACAGGUGGUGGCUUUGCUCAUGUUGCUCCUACUGGUGGUGGCUUUGCUGGUUUGGCCUCAGGUGGUGGGGGGUUUGCUAAUUUGGCCUCUGGUGGAGGGGGUUUUGCUGGUAUGGCUUCAACUGGUGGGGGCUUUGGUGGCUUGGGUUCAGCUGGCGGAGGGUUUCCAGCUGCUGCGCCUGGUGGUGGUGGUGGUGGUUUUGCUGGAGCUGCUUCCAGUGGUGGAGGUGGAUUUGGGGCUUUCAAUAGCCAGCAGCAGGGAGCUGGUGGUUUCUCAGCAUUCGGUGGGAAUGCUGGAGCAACUGGGAAACCUCCUGAAUUAUUCACACAAAUGAGAAAAUAGGCUUUGAUAAUUUUCUGUUUUGAAUCAAAAUAAUCAUCUGAUUUAACGUUUUGAAAGUUGGUGUUGCAAGUUAGAGUUAAAGCAUGGUUUUGCAUAAUCACGCCAGGUGAUGUCUUAGGAACAGUGUUGCUGUGCUGUCCAACAAUUCUAGAAAAGGGUAGGGUAGCUAGAUCCCUAAUCAAAUGACUUGAAACACAUCAUCCAAUCCAUUAUGCUCCCUCAUCUUGCAUAUAGAACAAUUCUUUCUGAGGGUGGUUCGACUAUUUAGUUUUAACAUUGGAUUUUAAAUUUAGUUGAAUUAUUUGUUAAUAAGUACUUAAAAAGUAGUUUAUUUA